UUUAGUUACCUUUUUUUUUUUACCAACAAAUGAAUAACACAAGACAACAGGUUCAGGUUUUAAGGCGGCAAGUUUCUAAUCCAGUUUGAAGUAGGAAAAAGCAAUUCGGAUUCCAUUCCAAAACCCUAUCUCCCCCAUUUUACAUACUCAGCUUACACUCUUCAACUUCACAGUUUAAUAAGAGUUUCAGUUGUCAGAAAAUUCGCUUAUUUUCUGUAGAAGAAAGUAAUACAGAGUCAGUAAUCAUGAAGAGGAAAUUCGAGUCGGCGGCGAUGGACGGAGAAGAGGGUUUGUAUAACCAUGGAAUUUCUUGGUGGAGAGGUUCUUUGAUCGGAAAAGGAGCAUUUGGGUCGGUUUAUAUUGCUAAUCUCAAGAAACCCAAAUCAAGAAAUAUGGUUUAUCCUCCAAUUAUGGCGGUUAAAUCGGCGGAGGUUUCAGAAUCAAGUUCAUUGCAGAAGGAGAAGGAAGUUUACAACAAUCUUUAUGAUUCUCCUUUUAUUCUCCAAUGCUUUGGUGAAGAAACUACCACUGAUCCCUCUGGAAUUAUGUUCUAUAAUAUUCUACUAGAGUACGCUUCCGGCGGAACCCUAGCUUCUCUGAUCAAGCAAUCCGGUGGCCGUGGGUUGCCUGAAUCUGAUGUCAAGCGGUACACGAGGUUUAUUCUUAAAGGAAUUGAUUAUAUUCAUACUCAUGGCUAUGUGCAUUGUGAUUUGAAGCCUCAGAAUGUUCUGUUUGUCUCCUCUGUUGGUGAUCAAUUUGUUCCCAAGAUUGGCGAUUUAGGGUUAGCGAAGAAAAUUGUGAGAAGUAAUUCUUACAUUGGAGGGACUACUUCGUAUAUGGCGCCGGAGACUGUGGCGGAUGGAAUUCAGGAGACUCCGUCUGAUAUUUGGGCGCUCGGAUGCAUUGUUUUUGAGAUGUUAACAGGCAACAAGGUUUGGUAUUCAUCAGAUGUUGAUACCACAAAUGCUGAGAUUUUGAAAAAGAUUGGUGAUCCUUACGAAUUGCCCAAAAUUCCGUCUCAGAUUUCAAAGGAUGCAAAGGAUUUUCUGAAAGCAUGUUUAGUGAGGAAGCCUGCUUUUAGAUUUACUGCUGAGAUGCUAUUAGAUCAUCCAUUCUUAUCAGGAUGUGAUUAUGAAGUCUAUGAAUCGGAGGACGAAGAGUUGUCGACGAAUUCAGUUGACACAUUGUGCGAUUCUGACUGUGAUAACGAGUCUUGCGCUUGUCGCUUUUCCGAGGAGCAGUCAGGGUCUUUUUACUCUUCUACAUUGGCCAACGGAGGAACGAGCAAGCUUGGAAAUCACGCAGAUCAUGAUCUGCUUCAUGCCGCUUUCUAUGCCUCUCCUGUUAUUCAUUGAUUUAUUAUCAUACAGCAGAAAAUGUAUAGUAUAGUAAAGAUGUUUAAAGUUAGAAUUGUAGCAGCCCUAAAUGUGAUUGUUUUGUUUAUUUAGAGCUAAUACACAUAUCAGCUGUUUGUA